CUAUGUGUGGAAAUGCAAAUGAGUCAGUUCAAUCUAGAAGAGUUGUAAUUUCUCAUAAUAUGGAUAAAGCUCUGAAAGAAGUGUUCGACUACGUUUACAGAGAUUACAUUCUCUCCUGGUAUGGGAACCUCAGCAGAGAUGAGGGACAGCUUUACCAUCUCCUCUCUGAAGACUUUUGGGAAAUUGUCAAACAGCUGCGCAACAGACUGAGUCAUGUGGAUGUGGUGAAAGUUAUCUGCAACGAAGUUGUGAGAACUUUACUCACUCAUUUCUAUGACCUGAAAGCGGCUAAUGCCAGACAUGAAGAACCACCAAGGCCCUUUGUGCUGCAUUCUUGCCUUAGGAACUCAGAUGAUGAAGUAAGAUUCCUCCAAACAUGUUCUCAGGUUCUGAUGUUUUGUCUCCUCCCCUCAAAGGAUGUCCAGUCUCACAGCUUACGCAUAGUGCUUGCAGAAAUUCUCACAAACAAAGUUCUGAAACCAGUAGUGGAGUUGCUAAGUGAUCCAGAUUAUAUUAACCAAAUGCUCCUCGCCCAGUUGGAGUACAGAGAACAGAUGAAUGAACAUCAUAAGAGAGCCUACACCUAUGCUCCUUCUUAUGAGGAAUUCAUCAAGCUUAUUAACAGCAACUCCGAUGUUGAGUUCCUGAAGCAGCUAAGGUAUCAAAUUGUAGUGGAAAUAAUCCAAGCGACUACAAUUAGCAGCUGUCCCCAACUGAAGAGAAACAAAGGUAAAGAAACUGCUGCAAUGAAGGCUGACCUCCUGAGGGCCCGGAACAUGAAAAGGUACAUUAACCAACUAACUGUGGCAAAGAAGCAGUGUGAGAAGAGAAUCAAAAUCCUGGGAGGCCCGAUCUAUGACCAGCCAGAGGAUGGGGCCUCAGAUGAGGUGGAAGGACCUCAGAACCAAAAGAUUCUUCAAUUCGAAGAUAUCUUGGCCAACACAUGCUACCGAGAGCACUUUCGAAUAUACAUGGAAAGAAUGGACAAGAGAGCACUCAUUAGUUUUUGGGAGUCUGUGGAACAUUUAAAGAAUGCUAACAAGAAUGAAAUUCCACAAUUAGUUGGUGAAAUUUAUCAGAAUUUUUUUGUGGAAAGCAAAGAAAUAUCUGUAGAGAAAUCACUUUACAAAGAAAUCCAACAGUGUCUUGUAGGAAAUAAAGGUAUCGAAGUAUUCUACAAAAUCCAGGGAGAGGUUUAUGAGAUCUUAAAGGAUAGGUAUUAUCCUUCAUUUAUUGUCAGUGACCUGUAUGAGAAAUUGAUGACAAAAGAGGAAGAAAAGCAUGACACACAGUUGAUUUCUGAUAAGGAUGAAACGGGCCAGGGAGGUGUGACUGGUGAGGAAACUGUAGAUGAAGGCACCAGGCGGAUGAAUGAACAAGCCAGUUUUGCUGUAAACAAACUACGAGAACUGAAUGAUAAGCUUGAGUAUAAAAGGCAAGCUCUAAAUUCUAUUCAAAAUGCACCAAAACCUGACAAGAAGAUUGUCUCCAAGUUGAAAGAUGAAAUCAUCCUAAUAGAAAAGGAGCGCAAGGACCUCCAGCUGCACAUGGCGAGAACGGAUUGUUGGUGUGAGAACUUUGGCAUGUGGAAAGCCUGCAUCACUAGCGGGGAGGUCACAGAAGAGAAUGGUGAGCAGAUGCCCUGUUACUUUGUCACAGUGAGUUUACGUGAAGUUGGAGGAGUUGAAACAAAGAACUGGACAGUCCCUCGAAGGCUCAGUGAGUUUCAGAAUUUACACCGGAAGCUUAGUGAGUGUUUCCCUUCUUUAAAAAAAGUCCAGUUGCCUUCUCUUAGCAAGCUGCCUUUCAAAUCUAUUGAUCAAAAGUUUAUGGAGAAGUCAAAGAAUCAGUUAAAUAAGUUUCUACAGAAUCUGCUUUCAGAUGAAAGACUAUGUCAGAGUGAAGCACUUUAUGCCUUUUUGAGCCCUUCUCCUGACUACCUCAAGGUCAUUGAUGUGCAGGGGAAAAAAUCUACUUUUUCAUUAGCUUCAUUUUUGGAAAGACUUCCUCGUGACUUCUUCUCCCACCAGGAGGAGGAGACAGAGGAGGACAGUGACCUCUCAGAUUAUGGUGAUGAUGUGGAUGGGAGGAAAGACGCCUUGGCUGAACCAUGUUUCAUGUUGAUUGGGGAGAUUUUUGAACUUCGCGGAAUGUUUAAAUGGGUGAGACGAACAUUAAUUGCUCUUGUUCAGGUCACUUUUGGAAGAACCAUCAAUAAACAAAUCCGGGACACAGUGAACUGGAUUUUCAGUGAACAAAUGUUAGUUUACUACAUCACUGUGUUCCGGGAUGCUUUGUGGCCAAACGGGAAAUUGGCAUCUCUGACUACAACCAGAAGUGAAGCACAGAGACAGGAAACAAAGCAGCGAGCACAGCAAAAGCUGCUCGAAAACAUCCCAGAUAUGCUCCAGAGCCUUGUUGGACAGCAAAAUGCCCGUCAUGGUAUAAUAAAAAUAUUCAAUGCACUGCAAGAAACAAGAGCCAAUAAACAUCUUUUAUAUGUGCUGAUGGAACUGCUGCUAAUUGAACUGUGUCCUGAGUUGAGAACUCAUUUAGAGCAACUGAAAACUGGUCAAGUUUGAGACUGCACAAAUACAGCCACCAAGAAAUGUCUGUGUAAUAAUAGACAUGAAGCAUUUUCCUCUUUUCCACAGAGGGCCUGACAGAACCAGACUGCUUUUUAUUUUAGUUACCUCCCUCUCGUUUUAUGUGAAGUAGACAGAACUUGAGGAGCGGCACUUAAUGCUGUUGUGGGCAACAGGAAAAAAAACCCAACCCAUUUUGUUAAUUAUUAGUUUUUAUUUAAAUAGUAAUAUAAAUGAAGUUGAACAUACUGAUUGAAAUACCAAUGUUAAUAUGUGAUAAGAACCUAGGAAAUAUUUUAAAUAUUUAUGAAAGCACUUUUGUUUAAAAUGAACUAUGAAUACUGUACAGUUAAUUUCCUCACUGAGGAUUUGGAACAUUCCUAUAUUCUUUCAUGUGUACUGAACACUGUUGUGCAAUGCUUUGUGUAAAGUAAUUGUGAAAAAAUUUUGUCUUUAUUUUUACCAAAGAUUUCCCAUAGUUUGAAGCAUUUGAAGCAAUAAAAUAUAAAAA